UGGGGCCGUGCCGUGGAGACCCGGGCGGCUCUGGAGCCUCCGCGCGCGGACUGGGACCCGGACCCGCGCGGCGCUGCGGCGCCAGGUGAGCCGAGCUGGGGUCCAGGGGUCCGCACUCCACUUUUCCCAACUUUUCGUUUGGUCCCUCCCUCCCUCCCUCCCUCCCUCCCUCCCUCGGUCAGGGCCCCUGGGGGCGGGAGCGCGGGCCUCCCGUUCCCCCAGGCGGGAGUGUGGACGCGGGCGGUGGCGGGACCCUGGAGUCCUGGGGACUCGGCCCCAGCAUCUUCCGUCGGGCUGUGCGCUGUGUCCCCAAGUUUCCGCCUCCCUGGUGUCCCCAGCGUCGGCCCACUACCUCCACGGCUCGGGGUCUCUGAGCGUGUCCCCAUGUCCCCACUCUGCUUGUUUUCGCCUCCCUCGCGGCAGCGACGCGCGGGGGCUCCGUGUGACCUUGCUGGAGCCGGGGCUGGGAGCGCCAGUUCUGGCUUGAAGCGAUGAUCGCUUCUCCGGUUGCGGGCUGGGGAAAGGGCUGCAAACUCAGGGACAAGGAGGGGAUGGGCCUCGCUUCCUCCUGGACACUCCCGUGGCUGUCCUGAGAGGGGUCUAGGGCUGGGGCGCCGGAGCCCGGCGUCGGACCUGGCAGAGCCCCCGCCUAGUGCGGGGUCGGGCAGUCUCCCCGGCCUCCCUGGGCCGUAGUUGCAAUCUGUGAAACCAGGCUUUGGACGCGGGAGAGUGGCGGCUCCCUGCUAGGCCCGGGCCUUGAGCGCUCCAGUCGGAGGCAGGGAUGGGUGUCCUGCUUUGAGGUUUGGGGUGCAGAUGGGGCGUGGGUCGGGGAGCAAGGCUGCCUCCCCGAGGUUUCGGCUGCGGGCUCCAGCGCGGUGGUUCUUUAGGAAGCGGACGCGAGCAGUGAGGACGACCCUGGACAGCUAGGCCCUGAGCCUCCUCUCCUGCGGCCUGGGUCGCCUGGGCGGGGGCCGCGUCUUCUCCCUCGCCUUCCCUUUCGUGGGGGCCACACUGCACGGAGCUCGGCUACUCCUGCUGGGCCCGGGAUCCAGGCCACAGGACGCAGGCAGGGCGCGGCCAGCAAUCGGGAGGGCUUAAGCUGUGCGGCCCGGAUCCCGAGGCGCAGGGGCGGUGCUGCUCUGACCGGGCCACGGGCCACGGAGGCCUCGGGCGGAGGAGGAGGGAAAGGAGGCCAGGCGGCGGGAAAGGGGGAUGAUUCAUCCGGAGGAGCCCGAAUUGGAAACGUCGCAACCUGGGAACAGCCUUGCCCGGGCCGACGGGGGAGCCGGGAGGGCAUCCGUCCGGCGGGGCCCAGCGCCUGGCACCGGCACCCCCGCCUGCUGCCGUGGCCCCAGCACGACCGCUGGGGAAGGGAGAGGCCUCUCAUACGUGGACUUGAUGGAAAUCUUGGGCGAAGGCGGCGCCGCCUCUCUUCCUCUGCCUGGCUGGUCUUGAUCCGAGCGGUCUUCCCGGUGUCUAGCUCAAGUCGCUCCUGCUGCAGCUUCGCUGCGGGCGGAGGAGGUCUGGAAGGAGGGGGCGGGCAGGGAGAGGCUGGAGCCGGUGACGCCCCCUCCUCCCGCGCUGCGAGCGCCCAGACGACGGCGAGAUGACGGCCGGGAGCCCCGAAGAAUGCGGGGAGGUGCGGAGGAGCCCCGAGGGCCGCGUCUCUCGCUUGGGCCGCCGCCUGGGCCGCCGCCGGCGCCCGCGCUCCCCGCCCGAGCCUCUGCGGGUGCGGGCGCGGCUGCGGCUGCGCUCGCCGUCGGGGGCGUUCGCGGCGCUGGGGGCGCUCGUGGUACUGGUGGGUAUGGGCAUUGCAGUGGCCGGCUACUGGCCGCACCGGGCCGGGGCCCCAGGGUCCCGGGCCGCCAAUGCCAGCUCGCCCCAGAUGAGCGAGCUGCGACGCGAGGGUCGCGGCGGGGGCCGGGCUCACGGCCCGCACGAGCGGCUGCGGCUCCUCGGGCCGGUGAUCAUGGGCGUCGGCCUGUUCGUGUUCAUCUGCGCCAACACGCUGCUGUAUGAGAACCGAGACUUGGAGACGCGACGGCUCCGCCAGGGGGUGCUGCGGGCCCAGGCGCUCCGGCCCCCCGACGGCCCGGGCUGGGACUGCGCCCUCCUUCCCAGCCCCGGCCCUAGGACUCCCCGAGCCGUAGGCUGCGCAGAUCCAGAAAUCUGGGACCCGUCCCCGCGUCGGGGUACUUCACCCGUCCCGUCAGUGCGGAGUCUGCGUUCAGAGCCCGCUAAUCCUCGCUUGGGGUUACCUGCCGUGCUCAACAGCUACCCGCUGAAGGGCCCCGGGCUGCCCCCACCCUGGGGUCCACGGACGCAGACUGGCCAUGUGAUCAUCACCGUGCAGCCGUCUGGCUCCUGCAUUGAACAUUCCAAGUCUCUGGAUCUGGGCCUUGGGGAGCUCCUCCUUGGGGCCCCAGCAGCUCGGGACUGUGCUCACCGAAGCUGGCCACGGCUGGACCGCCUCAGUCUUGGGGGCUAUGCCAAAUUGGGAGGAGGAGGGGACUUGGGGGCCCGGGUCUGAAGAGAGGGGAGACAGCCUGCUCUGAGGCUGCAGCAUGGACCAUGCUAAUAGGACCAGAGGACCAGGAGUCCCAACGUCUAAUAGAUGUUUCAGUCACAUCCCAGGCUGGGGAUGGAUGCUCUGACCACAGCAGCUGUGAAGGGCAUCCUGACCUGCAUGUGGGCAGAGAAAUGCCAGCUGCACCAGGGCUCAGUGAGCUGGAGAGGGUGCGUUUCACUGUGGAGUGUGGAGGACUCGCCUCAGGAAUUUCUUCAGCCUCUGUAAGUGGCCUUAGCCCUAACGGGGCUGGAGGUCCAGGCCAGGGUGACUGGGAGAUGUACCCAGUGUCUUGGCAAACCCAAGAAAGUGGUGGGCAAGGGCCCCUAUGACUGGGAGGUAGGUUGGGAUGUUACAGGCUGAGGCAGGCUCCCUCCAAGGCGGCACUGGUGAUGGAGUGUGGGGCCUCUGGGAAGAGGGACCAUGGGAUGAGACUCUCCACUGCCAUCUGGGACGGGGACUGAGCCUUGAACUCCUACCACCUCAAUCCCUUUCUUCCCUCAGCCAUCUGGGGUAUAUCCCUCUAGAGCUACACUACUGCCAAUGCCUUCAUACUGAGUUCUGGGCCCCUCUGCAAAUAAGUCUGAGAAGCCCCUUCUCUCCUUCCUUUAUCGUGGCCUAUGCUGCAGAAUCUCAACUGCAGCUGGCAAAAGGCAUUGGCCAGCUCUCAGAAAUCCCUUUACUCAACGUUGAAGCUGCAUUUUGGUCAAUGUGGGUAACUUACUUUAGAAAAUGACUUGAGUUUAGGUCUCCCCCACCCAUAUUUAAUUCUUCCCAAGUCGCUGGUAGAAGAGAAAUUUAAAAGUGGAUCAAUCCUCACAGAGUCAGUUCUUUUUGUUGUUGUUUAUUGAAAAAAAUGCAAUACAAGAAGCAAGACCAAACAGAUAUCUAAACACUACAACCACUUCUACUACGAAAGGCCAAAACAGCAGACUUGAUUAUUGCCUGUGUAGUCUAAAGAUUCUGCCAAUCUGAUUCUGCUGCCCGAGUUCCUAUUUUUUCAAGAAAUGUAAACAACUACUUGAUAUGAUUCAUAAUUUUAAAAAAAUUUACAAAGCUCCUUCAUUUUUGUCACCAAAAUAAUACAUUUGAGAGAGAUUUGUAGAAACAAGCAGCCUGGGGCUGAGAUCCUGGGCAGAAAUUUCCCGUGAGCAUCAAAAGGCGUCAGUUAGGUCACAGCCCUGGCUCCAGUUCCCCAGGUUUGUUGUCUCCUCACCCCCAGCUGCCAAGCAUCCCCCCAGCACACACUGAUGGGCCCGGCGGUGGGGAUGGGUGAGGACGGGGAUGGUGGUGAGGACGGGGAUGGGUCACGGGGCCCUGACAGGUCCCGCAGUUAGGCUCCCUGAGCCCUCGGCUUAUAAAUACAGGUCUUGCUUCUCCUCACCCGCAGCUGCCAAGCAUCCCCCCAGCACACACUGAUGGGUCUGGCGGUGGGGGGGUGGAGUGAGGACGGGGAUGGGUCACGGGGCCCUGACAGGUCCCUCAGUUAGGCUCCCUGAGCCCUCGGCUUAUAAAUAUAGGUCUUGCUUUGUGGGUGGGUGCCAGAGUCCUCAUGUGGCUUGGAGGAAAUCUUUAUUUCUCAAAUUAAAAUAAAAUUGCAGCGAGAGUU